UCAUCUUUCUUAUACACUAAUUUAAUACAAAGUGCAUUACGUAUUCUGAUUUAUAAUCGAGUUUAUUAUAAAUGCAUUACUCACUGAGAAUAUUAAAUAAUCAAUGAUAAAUAUUGGAGUAACGUUAGCUGUGUAGUACGGUGACUCCAUCUAAAGAGUAGUAGUUCAACUUAACUCAGGUAUAGAGGUAUAUUUAAGAAGGUAAAGAGGUUGUUAUGAUUGAUAAAUAAAAUUGAUAACCAAUGAAUACAUUCAAUUGUUUUUUUUCCUUUGUAUAUCCUGUAUAACUACGAAACAUUUAUAUGUUGAACGUGUUUUUUGAACGUUUGCCAAUAUGGAUGAGGCAUAUUUAAAAUCUUUCCAUUCAUCUAAAUUUCCGUGAUUUAAUAUUAAUGUCGUAAAAUCAAAAUUAUUAGUUCCAAUAGCGAUGGUUGGUAUAGAAAUACUGCAGAAAAAUCAGCCACAUUAUUUACCUGGGUAUACAGGAUAUUGUCCACAAAAUCGAUUUAUUUGUGGCGAUAGUUAUGCGAAUGCAAGUCAUCAACUUUUACUCGAUCCAAUGGUUAAUCAUGCGGACAAACUUGUAUUAACCGAUAAUACUAAAAAUUAUGAGGUGACCAAACCAAAAAAGCGCGAUAUCAAAACAGUAAAUUCAAGAUUCCAUAAAAAACGGCCUAUUUACAAGCACCCAAUGCUGUCAAGUUACGACGGAUUCAUACCAAACUUAGAUGAUUUAAAAGAUAAACCAUUUGGAGCACACGCCACAGAAGGUAUCGCAGCUUUUGAAAGACAGCAAUUAAAGCGAAAAGCAUCGCGUGAUUGCUUAAAACAAACUUUGGCAUUACAAAGUGGCCGUAUACAUCUCAAAAAUAUGGAAGAUCAAUUGCUACUUCAAAAUAAGUCCAAAUUGCCGUUGACAGAGCUUCGGCCAGAACGUAUUGGCAUAGAAAAAAAUUAUUUUAUUGAUGAAACGUCUAUUAAGACCAAGGAUCACAAUGCGUCGCCAUAUUUUAUGGGAAACACGGAUCCUCAAAAAUAUUUUAUAAGUGGUUACACUGGUUAUGUUCCUAACAGUCCUGCACAUUUUGGAAAACCUUUUAAAAGAAUGAGCACCGAUGGAUUACGAGAUUUCACAUCUCAUUAUUUGAAUAAAAAAAGAGUUGAAUGGGUUCCUCUUAUUAUUCCUAGUAAAAAAACAGAAACAUUGAGUAUCCCCACGAAGAUUUAUCAAAUUCAUUUGAAAGAUACACCUCUCAUGCCUAGUUAUACUGGACACGUUCCGGGUAUUAAAUACGAAAUUGGCAAAACAUAUGGAUACUUAUCAAAAAAUGCAAAUCAAUACAUACAAGAUCAACUUUUUUCAUUAGCUAUAAGGAAAUGUUACAAAUAAAAAUAAAGUAAUAAAAUCACAAAAAAAUCUGUACUUAUUUCAAAGUAGUUUCGAAUAUUAUUUGUCA